AAACGUGGGAUUCGCGAAAAAUGUGAUGUUUUGAUCUGAGCAGUCUGGAAUUUACACAUCAUAUAAUUUGUUCUGUAAUUAUCUAGUGGAUUUUGUUUCUUUUGAAUUUUAUUACCAUGAUGCCAGGGGACAACCAAUCCAAAAUGGUGGCAAUCGCAGCGGAUGCAACGGUUGGAAACUGUCAAAACUGCUCUGUCCUGCACCAGAGCCUUAACGAGUAUGUAUCGUCCUUUCUGGCACUGAAACAAAAGAUCACCAUCACCGAUGAUACCUUGAGACUUCAACAACAAAUCAAGGAACUGCAAGGUAGACUGGCAUCUCUUGAAAAAAAGACUGCAGAUUAUGAAUCCCUUCAAGUUGAGUUGCAAGAGAAAAGGGAUGCCUUGAAAGUUUAUGAACAGAUGCCUGAAGAGAUGGAAAAAGUUAAACAGGAAAAUGCAGAGAUUAACUCAGAGAAUGAGAAGCUUAAGAGUGAAAUAAAAAACGUUAAGGAAUUUAUAGAAGCAAGGACUCUUGAAAAUGCUCAACUCAGGCGGGAAAAGGCUGAAGUUGAAAACAGUUUGCUAAAUACACAGGCAUCAUUGAAGAAAGUCCAAGUUCAAGCAGAUAAAGUUGAACAACUAAUAAAAGACAAUGCUGAGACCAUGAGCGUUAAAGAAAACCUUGAAAUAAAAGUGAAACAACUUGAAGAUUCUGUUUUCAAACAAAAUAACUGUAUAAGCCAACUAUCACAAGACAAACGUCUGCUUGAGCAAAAUAUUAAUGAUUUACAGAAAAGAAUAUUAAAGCUUGAAAGAGAAAGGAGUAAAGAAUAUAAGAACUCAUACACUCAAGCAAAUGUGCCAGAGGAGCCUAAAGUUGACAAAGAAAAAUUCCGUGUACUUCUAAACAAUUUGUGGGCCUGUGUGGAACCAGGUCAAAACUUGGACAUCACUGGGUCUCUAUGCAGACGUUUGCCCUCUUCUCCACAACACAAUAAACCAUUUAGUCAAUCAAGCUGCCCCACUCACUCUCUUAAAAAACAAGUCAUCCCCUCUCCUGACAAAGCCAAAUACACAAAGUUAAAAACAUCUCCUUACUUACACAGAGUAAGUGAUCGACAAGAAUGUCCACCAUGCACAAAUACCAGGCCGCAGACAUCAAAAACACAAGAGAGGUCACCAAGAAAACAAAAAUCUGAAGAGUUGCCUGUGAACAGCAGUAUAUCAUUAGAAGAGAUAAUGGAAUUAUUUAAACCUUUGUUUCCUUGUUUAUCUCCAAUACCAGAUAUGGAUACAUCAGUGGAGCCUAUGGAUGUGACCGAUGGAAAGGAUUUAGAUGACUCUAAACCAUCAGUUCCACUUAAGCAAGAGUUUCCCUUUCCAGAUUCACCAACGUCAUCAAUUAACAAAUGCCCUAUUCUAGAGGAAACAUUUGAAGAUGUGGAAUUACCUCUGGUCGAUGAAUUAUCCGAGGUCGAUGCAUUAUCCGAGGUUGAUGAAUUAUCCGAGGUCGAUGAAUUAUUCGAGGUCGAUGCAGUCGAAGCACAAGAAAAUGAAGCCGCAAGCAACACUGAAGAAAUGUUGCAGCAGAGUAAAGCCACUGUAACAGGAUCAGCCACCCUUUCCUCUCCCAAUCCAUAUUCUUUUAAUGUUGGAGUUGAGAACAAUAUUUCAGAUAAGGACAUGCCAGUAAGCAACAGUGACUCAGAGAAAACAAUAAUCUCUGAACACGCUGAGUUGGAAGACAUGCUGGAUACUUCAGAUAUGACUUCUUUUGAUAAUGAAGAAAAAACUUUGAAAGAAGACACUUUGCCAGUCCCUGAAGAAUGCUCAGAUGGACCACUAGGCAAUUCCACUGAGUGCAAUUCUUCUAGUCAAGAUUUGGAGACAGAAACUGAUAUUAAUGUCACUGCCACAGCAGACAGUGUUUCAAAUAUAAAUGUAGAAGUGGAGAAUGAAGACACAUCUACAUGUUUAAAUAACGAGGACCACUUCCCAGCAUCUGGUGAUGCUAAGCUGCCACAAGAUAACUCUGGUGCAGGACCUCAGGAUAAUGUUGAAAAUAAUGGAUCAAACAAAGACAAAGCAGAAGAUCUCUGUUUAGAGGAAGGAACAGUGGAUCAAACAGUUUCUCAAAUAGAAACUGAUACAUCUACAAAUCUUCAAGAACCUCAUAAUGUCACCACUCUUACUCCUCUCACUUCAAAUGAUGACCCAAAAUCAGAGAGCCACGAAGAAACAGGUGAUCAAAGCUGUUCUGUUGUGAAAGAAAAUAACACUAUAAAUUCGGAAUGUUUGAAAACCUCAUGUAGUCUUUGUGAGCAGCUCGCACCCUCAUGUUUUGCACCCGCCUCAAAACUGCAGAAGGUCAAAAACAAACCUAAAACCAUAAAAGCUGAUGUCAGUACAAUUUGCAAUGUAGAAACCCCAUCAAUCCCUAAUAAAGAUGGACAUGAAAAAAAUGGUUCUGCCAAAAAUGAACAUAAAUCAUUAACCAAAAUUCAAGCUACAGAUGUUAUCAGUAAAGAAAUACCUCAGAAUGUAGCAGCACAAUCUCUACCACCUCCAGCAUUUAUUGGCCAAGUUCUUACUGAAAUGGGCCCUCCGCUACCUCCUGUCCUGACCCCUGUUACCACACCUCCCAAGACAAGUAAACAACCAAGAAAUGCCAUAGGGAAAUUGUCUUUCCCUUCACCCAUGGACACUUCUAACUCCAGCUCUAACACUCCAGUUGAAGCUUGCAUUACUCCUGAUGGGCAAACAUGUGUUAACAGUCCACUUCGCCAAAAUGUCCCCUCAUCCCCUCUUCAGUUUGGUUCAGCCACACCAAAACAUGCUGUUCCUGUUCCAGGUCGUCUGCCAUCAGCCGCAGUGAGCUCCUCCCCCUCUGCUUCCUGUAGUCCAUCUCAGGAUAACUCCAUGAGGAUUCUUGAUACAAUGUACCCAGAGAUGUCUGCACGAGCACGAACUUUAAGUAUACUGAAAGGCAAUGUCAAUCUAAAUCUUUGCUCACCAGACAGUGGGACAUUACCAAUACCAGCAGAAAAUCACUCAAGCUUUAAAACCAUAAACUCUUCAUCAACAGCCUUCACCAAAACUGAGAGCAGAGGGGCGAAAAGGGCUUUGAAUUUACCACAUCUUAAAAACAAAAUUCUUCGACUAGAUAGCCCUGUAACAACUCUUUGUUCUAAACAGCUGCCCUCAAAUAAUGACAAAGUCACAUUGUUAGAACAGGAUAAGCAUGAAACAUCCAGUGAAGAAGGGACUUCACCUCCACAGACAAAGGCUUUGUUACAGAAACUUGAAAACCAGUGUUUUGAUCUGCUGCCUGUGGUUCAAAGCCACUUAUUUGUUGGAAAUCUGCCUAAGAAACCAGUUCUAAGAGAUCAAGAGAAAGAAGUCAUAUCUGUGAUAUGUACCAGCAAUACGCCCCCAGCAGAUAUUAUGAUGCCAGCCAUUGAGCAGGAAAUAAAAAUGAUGCACAGAAAUCCACAGCUCAACACGAAUCACCUUCAAGCCUUAUGCAGAGUUUACAUCGGCAUUUGUCGCCAGAGUAAAGACUGGGAAAGGGCCCAAAUCUUCGCUUACAAUAUUCUCUUUGCAGACUAUCCAGAUGCAGCCAAAAUGAUUUUAUUCAUGGUUUCCACGUGGCCCAGUGUUUUCUCAUACAAUAGUUUGUUGUGUCAGGCAAUACAUGCAGUCACCAAAUUUAAAACACCCAAUGCGCUUCUGAAAUGCAUGUCUGCCUAUCUUGGCUGGGAUAAGAAACCUCCAUGUGACAUUGACACAGUAAUUUCACAAACUCUGUCUGAGAUCCGGUCUGGAUCAAUGCUGUCAUUUGUAGAACAUGAUAGAUAUGGCAUUGACCUGGGGCCGGAUGCUUGGCAACACAUUUUUACUGUUCAGCUCCUGUGUACAAACAAAGAUUGGAAAUGGACUUAUGAAAAUGUUUUGAGUAAAGAGUUGUGGCCCCUGAUGAACAAUUGGGUGACGCAGUCCAGAAACCAGCAAAUGCCCAUUUCUGACAUUACAGUUGCCACUGUCCUUAGACUCAUUGGACGACUUGGUCAGAUUGGAAUCAAACAGAAAUGUGUUUCUUCUGUGAUGACUGUUGCUAACGUCAUCAACACGUUUGGAAGGCAUGGGAAGUCUGAAGGUGUUCCUUGGGAGGUUCAGUUAGCUGCAGUCUACUGCAUUUAUGACUUGUCUCCUUGCAAUCCCAAACAUGCCCUUGAAGCCCUCGCUGGGUGGAGAGAACAAAUAUCUCAGAGAGUUCCUCCUGGAAUCACCAGCUGCAUUAACCAAAUGGCUUCAGUGUGUCGACAGGUCAAAUCUUGAUAUCUACAGAUGUAUACCUGCACUGGUGAAACACUAACAUCCAAACAGUUACAUUGAGUCUUGUAUAAAAUUAUUAUUAUUGCACUUUUUUUUUAUUUGUGCACCACAUUUUUAGAUUGUAAAGUAAUUUUAUCAGUCAAUUUACUUGAAUAUUUCUAGUUUAAACUUUGUAUAUAUAACUUGGAUGUGUAAAUAGGCUACGUAUAAUUGUUUUGUAAAGAUUAAAAAAGACGUCAAAGAAAAAUGUAAAAUUCAAGAAAUCGUUUAUUAAAGGUGUAUUUUCUGAAACAUCAA